AAGCGUAUAUUUUACUGAACCUGAAAGUGUUUUAGCCUGAGAAGAAAACGUCGUUAACGUGGAUCAACACGAUUAUUACUCAAUAGCGACAGGGAGAAGUGGAUAUUGUUUCUUGUUGUUGGUAGCUUCCCACUGCUUCCCAUCUGAUUCGGUUCUUCCUGCUGUGGGUUUGGCUUCCGUCCUCGCUCGCCACCGCGUCUCCUGACCCGUCUCUACCCACGUCGGCCGAUAGCUUCAGCCCGUCUCGUCCGUAACGACCUCCGUCUCUGUCAAUGGCUGGGCGCGGUGGAGGAUCAACCAGGCCGAAUGGAGCCACGGUGGCAAACAAAAUCUGCCAGUUCAAACUGGUGCUGCUGGGGGAGUCGGCCGUGGGCAAGUCCAGCUUAGUGCUGCGCUUUGUCAAAGGCCAGUUUCAUGAAUACCAGGAGAGUACCAUUGGAGCUGCCUUCCUCACUCAGACCGUCUGUCUGGACGACACCACUGUGAAGUUUGAGAUCUGGGACACGGCGGGUCAAGAGCGCUACCACAGCCUGGCUCCAAUGUACUACAGAGGCGCUCAGGCGGCCAUCGUGGUCUAUGACAUCACCAACACGGAUACUUUUGCACGGGCAAAGAACUGGGUGAAGGAGCUGCAAAGACAAGCCAGUCCCAACAUCGUGAUCGCUCUGGCUGGAAACAAGGCAGACAUCGCAAACAAGAGAGCUAUAGACCUCCAGGAGGCACAAACGUAUGCCGAUGACAACAGUCUACUGUUCAUGGAGACAUCAGCCAAGACCGCGAUGAACGUCAAUGAGAUCUUCAUGGCUAUCGCAAAGAAGCUACCGAAGAGCGAUCCUCAGGGCGGAGCUGGACAAGCCGGGCGGACCCGGACAGGAGUGGAUCUACAAGAAACGGCUCCUCCGAGCCGCAGCAGCCAGUGCUGCGGCGGCGGCGGCAAUUAGCAAGUACAAAACAAUGAACUUAGUAAAGCGAGCCCUGAACAUCGUUCUCAGGACGGCACGUAGCUAAAACCCAGAGAGGCAGGAGAGGGCAGAGCCAUUCGCCACCCCUGCACUUAAACUGAGAUUACAGAUGCGAUUAUCUGGAUCCUCUUUGAUUAAAGGAACUUUUUUUUUUUUUUUUUAAGAAUCAUAAGCUAGAGGGAAUUACCAAGAUUGCAUUAUUUCUCUGUCUUUCCCCCGUGUAUCUAUCUAUCUACCUCCCUGUCCAUCUUCAGCCUCCGUCUCAGUUGAUUGAAUGCUGUCUUCAAUGAUUUUUUUUGAUGGGUGAUACUGAGGUUGUUUUGCCAUUUCCCCUUUUUGUUUGAGUGUGUGUAUGUGUGUGUCCAUGUAUGUGUGUACUAUAGUAUAUACAUGUACUGUAUAUUUGCAGUUUACUUUUCUACUCUUGUCAUUUCCCUCUACAUUGAUCAUCAUUAUGGAAGAUACAAAUACCCAACUACUGAUGCUGAAGCUGCAAACGACAGAGCAAUUAUUCUUAAAGAUUGUUCUAUUGCAGUUUAGACAACAGCAUUUUGUGGAGGUGGUGGUGGUUGUUGUUGUUUUUUGUUGUUGUUGGGGACCUGGACAUGACACAGUCAUAAGGAAAGAUCUAUUUUGCUUCUUGAAGCAGGUCGUGAUUUACUAGGCUACACAUCUGAAGGUGUUUCUGAACUGCGCAACCAAUGAAGUUGUUUGCGGUCAUUGUGUAUUGAUACCUGUAACACCAGAGAGUUGUUUGCCUUUUUUAAAAGAAAUGUUAAAAUCACUUGUAAAUCUUAAAAAUAAAAAUAAAGGAAUAAAUAACAUGCAAGAAUGAUUUUGUUUUGACUUGUUUUGCAGAGGUAUGGCGUUGCAUGAUUACUGGCAUGCAUGUUUGGGUAGUGCAGGUGGGUUGAAUGUAAAGCCUUCCUCUAUAGGGUUUUUAAAUUCUUAAGAUACGGCAUCGGCCCAAAUAUAAGACAUUGUUUGUUUCUUUUUUCCUGGAAAUUAAAUGUAAAAACUUU